UAAAAGCGAGCUAAAAUUCAAACCAUCCAUCGCACGUUUGACUACAGUUCGCUGAUUAAAUCUCGCAUCAAUUUCAAAUAGUAUUAGGCCCAACGUAAGUUAGAAAUCUUUUUUAUAUUUCUUUUUAAAUGGAUUAUUAUUACCAUAUUAUGUUGAUUAUAGCAUUAAAAAUUAAGUAUGAUGGUAAUGAAAUAGGCUACAGACCACAGUUAAUUAAUUAAACUUUGUUAAUUCAAAUGAAAAUGAGUCAAAUCUUACUACCCGUCGUGUAAAGUUUCAAACUUUUACUUUUAGUACUUUUAGUAAUCUUAGGCUUAGGUCCACUUCAAGUAGUGCUUCAUAAAACUUAGUCUUACUCUUCUUAUACUUGUACUUAUAUAAUAUAUUCCUAUAAGUAUAUCUAAUUAUAUCUUAUUUUAAUAUUUUUGAACGGAUUAUUUUAAAUUUUAAUGAAUGUAUUUGGUAUUAAGUCAUGUAUGAAAAAAUUAUUUUUAAUAAUAUAAUUAUAUAAUUUAAUUAUGAUUUAUUUAAAUUUGUUGCAUUACUAUUACAACUACAUGUGUAAUAUAGUUUGACAGUUUGAGUUUAUCAUAGUGAUAGUUUUCCCCAACUUAGCCAACUUGAACUUGAAGAAACUUGUCCUGCCUAAUUAGCCGCAAUCGAGCUCGGCAAGUGCCAAACUCAGUCUUUACUUUUCAUUUUGCUUGUAUCCACACAUUUUCUACUUUCUGUGUGUGGACAGCAUUGAAGGCGUCAUUUUUAUACAAUUUUUUGAUCUGCCCAAAUGGAGUUUCGUUAAAAAAUCCAUGUUUAAAAUGAUUCAUUUUCUUAAGCCUAAGGCCUAAGCUGCCCACCAUAUGUGAACCCGGUAGAAAAUAUCUCUAUGAUGACUAUGAAUCAUGUCAUUGUAUAAUAGUAUGAUUAACUCUAUGGAGUCUAGUCUAUAGUCCAUGCACUCCUGUACUGUCACAGUAAAGUGAUCACAUCGGUCUCACCGAUCCGGCACUUCAACAAGAAUCCAGAGCGCACUCUCUUUCUAUAUUCUAAUCGAAAACCCAUAAUUUAUAAUAAUUUAACAUGAGCAUAAAAAAUUUGAUAAAAACCAUCUAGAUUUAUAUCUUAAUUUAACAAGUUUUUUCUAUAGUGUAGUGUCGUUCAUUAACUCAGACCUGUUUACUCUUACGAUUUUGGCGUAAAUUGUACUUUUUGAAGUGUAUAUUUAUGUACACUGACACUGUAUGUUAAUUUUUUACUAUUGAGAUAAUGUUUUGGUAAAUGAUUUUGUGAUGAUAUUGUAUGAUUUUAAGAGUUUGAGAUUUGAGGGUAAACAGGUCUGUUAACUUCAUUAAUUCUUUUCUAACAGGCAGAUGUUGGAUAAUCAGCAAAAACCUGUUAUUGUAGCCACAUUCACAUAGGGAUUAAGUGUGACAUUGGCAUAGACUUAGUCCUGUGUUUUGUCUCUUAGUACAAAAUUUUUACUUUAUAAGUUAUAACAAAAUGCACGUACCAUGAUAAGAUAUUUUUUUAUUUAAAUUCAAAGUUUAAAUUUAAAUGUUAGAACAAAUUUUUAAACUUUAAACUUGUAUCCUUGGGUGUUUUAUUUUAAUUUGUGUCUAUUCUACUGACAGAAUAACAAAAUGGCAGAAAAUGGGACUCAUAAUGCACGUCUUAGUGCUUACAAAAACAAAGGCAAAGACAUUGAGGUAUUUUUUAAUUUUAAUGAUCAUGCCUAGACACUUAAAAUUCCAAGCAAUGCCUUUCCACCACAUUUUGAUUUUUUAAAGAUGAACUGUUGUUAAUUGCCUGAUAACAUUCCAAAUUCAGUUUUUGCUUGAUGUGUAUUUAUUUUAUUUAAAAAAAAUAGGACCUUCGUAGACGUCGUGUUGAGACAUCUGUAGAAAUUAGAAAACAGAAGAAAGAAGAAACUUUGUUAAAGAGAAGAAAUGUAGAUUUGUCAGAUGAUGAACCAACCAGUCCACUGCAAGAACAAAAUAGGGUUAGUAAACUUACUAUCCUCUUCACACUCACCAUUUUAAGCUUAACCAUUUAAAUUGUUCGUUUUAUUGGAUUUAUAGGGCAUCUUGCUAAAUUAUUUAGAUAUACUAAAAGUCCUAGUUUUGAUUAAAUUAAAAUAUUUUAUUUAUUCAUUCUACCCAUACAGCAAGUUGCAAUGACCAUGUCUGAGAUAAUUACCAGCAUUAAGAGUCUGGAUGCCCAGACUGUUCUGAAUGCCACUCAAGCCGUAAGAAAGCUACUUUCUAAAGAGAAAAACCCUCCCAUUGACAGAGUGAUAGAAGCUGGUCUUGUUGAUGUGCUGGUGACCUUUUUGGACUGUAAUGACAAGUAAGUAAUCCUGAAAUUCUUCAUUUCAAUUCUGAAAUUCUUCAUUUCAGACUUUUGUAUAUAUAGCAAAUGUAGUAAACACCCUAUAAUUGUAUCCAGAUGCUACUUUAGCUGCACAGAUUGCAAUAGGAUUUUACACAUAAAAAAAUUCACAAAAUAAUCCUGUGAAUAUUUAUAAAUAACAUUUCCCAGGAGACAUAGUCAUAGAUGAAUCAAACAAAUCCUCUAUUUGAAAUAUAAUUUUAUUAAAUACACUUAAAACUAUUUGAACAGUGGAAUGUUUAUUUUCAUUAACCCUCUUGACAUGGAGAAAUUUUCAGUUGGUUCCCAAGAAGAUGGAGCCCUUUUCACAUGCCCUGCACUUAAUUUGUGAAAAGUGUAGAUAUAAGAAAUAUAAUUUCUUGUAAAAAUUAAAUGAACUAAAACAUCUUUAUGAAUCAAACUGAAAUCUCAACAUUUAUUCAAUGGCAUCUUGAUUUACAAAACUUAUUGCAAACACAUUUUUGUACACUUUAAGUUUUAAACAAAUGUCCUGCAGAAUUUUGGUGAUUUUAUUUUUUGAAGCCUGUCACUUAGUGUAUACAUAAAUAAUUGUGAUAGAUCACAGUAAACUGAAUGAGCAAAAAAUAUAAGCAUUCUGAUUGGCUUGUAGCCAUUUGACUCUUGGGCUGAAAGAUUAGCCCUGUCGUCUCAAGAGGGUUAAAUCUUGAGAAAAUUGAAAAAUUUGACAGUGGUAAUCCAUUGACAUUAACUAGUACUUUGUACAUUAUUGCCUUAUGAGUAGCAUGUCGCAUGGAUUUGUGUGAAACUAGACUUGACUUAUAAUAGAUUUAAGGUUGUUUAUUUCACAAAUUUUUAGGUUUUAUGAUAGUUAUCCAUCAACUUAUAAAGUCACAUUUAUCUAAUAGAAUAGAUAGCUUUCAAUUUUAUGUUAAUUGCAGGUUUUCAUCAUAGUUUUAUGGAAUUAGACUUAAAUCUUUUAAUUUAAAUUUAAAAAUUAUAUUCUGAAAUAAUUUUUUAUCUAUAUGCCUUAGUGAUUUUAGCUAAUAUAUUUAUAUUUUAUCAAGACCAAGUCUACAAUUUGAAGCUGCUUGGGCUCUUACCAAUAUAGCUUCAGGAACAUCAGAGCAGACACAGGCUGUUGUUCGUGCUGGUGCUGUUCCUCAUUUUAUUCGACUCCUGGAUGCACCAAGCAUAAAUCUUGUUGAACAAUGUAUAUGGGCUCUGGGAAAUAUUGCAGGCAAGGUUUUUAUUUUCAUUGAGUGUUCUCGAGCAUGCUACUUGCAGACCUGUUUACUCUUACGAUUUCGGCGUAUUUUGAGGCCUAAAUAUUAUAUAUACCGUAUGUUUUUCUUACUAUUCAGAUAAUGCAUUGAACGAUUUUGUGAGGAUAUUGUAACAUUUUAAGAGUUGAAGGGUAAACAGGUCUGUACUUGUCCUUUAAAAAAAUGAGUUCAGUAGUGACAAAUGGUGAUCUUCCACUUCUCUAAUGAUUUGAUAAGGCCAUUGUUUUUAAAUGAAUUAAACUAUUCUAUUAAGAAUGUCUACACAAACAUGACUCCACAUUCAAUUCCAUUACCUUAAAUUUAAAAAUAUAUCAUAUCCAUAGGUGAUGGAGCUGAAAUGAGAGAUAUGGUUACUGCUAAUGGAAUUAUUGAGCCACUUAUGCGCCUUGUUGAUAUGAGUGCUCCGGUAUGUUUAUUUAAAAAACUUGGCAUGUCUUUAUUGUAACUUAUAUGAGAUGGAAUGGACAAAUUACUUCUUUAAAAAAUUUCUGUUGAUUCUCAAUAGUUUUUAAUAAAUUGGGUAACUGAGUACAAGUUUAUCAUAUAGGGUGCUGGGUGGCCGAGUGGUCUCAACUGAUUCAAUGACUAAUAACUGGUGGACUGGAGUUCAAUCCCCACCAAAGCCAAGACAAGCAAAAAUAUCCCCAGCACCCACAGGUGGAUGAGACUCGUUACCCUUGGACGGCAACUCAUCUUAGAGGAGGUCGUCUCGGAAUUCAAACCAGGAGCCAGAAAGAUCAAUAAAUUGCUCUCAAAAUAUUGAAGAAAUAAAGAAGAAAUUAAAUAACCCUGUCAAACCAUAGCUGCACAUAAAAUUUAUGUCAGCUGAUGUUUCAAAUGAUCUGUGCUCUUUCUUAUGCCUGAAGCUGUUUUUGGAUUUCAUAUUCCACAAAAAAAAGAUUGUAAAUGCAAUAAAUUUUUCUUGUUUAACACUGGUGUAAACCAAGUUUUCUUGGGAAAGUAUAUGCAAACUUAAGUUGUUUAAGCAUGGAGGGGGAAAAGGGAGAUAUUGUGCAAAGUACAAUACUCAGUUUUUUUUAAUACUUUUAGCCCAGCUGUGGUUGACAUGUUUGGCCAAAUCUCAUGAAAUUUUAUGCUGUCAAAAUUUAGUGUCACUUGGGACAACAAAAAAAUCAUAUUUUAGGUAAUUGAAAGAUAAUUAUUAAUAUUAUCUCGUCAGAGAUUUAUGUUGUAAUAAAUAUUGUAAGAGAGUUGCCUGUAUUGAUACAAAAUUUUAGUAUUGUUUGAAAUUAUUAUUUUUUCCCUAAAGCCUGCAUUUCUUCGUAAUUUGACUUGGACAUUCUCGAAUUUGUGCCGUAACAAAAACCCACCCCCUAAAAUGAAAGCCAUCAAAGCUUGCUUGCCAGCACUUGCUUCCCUAAUUCAACAUUCGGACAAAGAGGUUCUAGCAGAUACUUGCUGGGCAUUUUCUUACAUCACUGAUGGUGCUAACAAUCAGAUUCAAGAAGUUGUUGACAUGCAAGGUAAAUUGUAUUUCUCAUAUUUUUAGUGUCAGGUGGUUAUUGCAAAGGAAAUAAUUAUAAAGCAGAUUUUCUUGAAUUAUUUUUCAUUUGAAUGUAAAAUGUUUAUUAAACUCACCAACUGUGGCAUAGAUCAUUCUGUAGUGUGCGAGCUUUACAUGGCUUUUUGAGUGCCUUUAGCAAUAGCAUUAAAUGACAGAAAUAUUGAUACAAGACCCCAAUAAGUAUAUAUUUUUAGAAAGGUAAAUGGAUGGGAAUAAAGUUGGCUAAAUUGCCCACCAGUUAAAAAAAAUUUGUUCAGUGUCCUUGGAGUGCUCAAGGGAAAAAAAUCAACAAAAUGUCUUGCUUUCAAGUGCUCAUACUCAUAACAUCAUUAAUUUUUAUAGAUUCCAUUAAAAUGCAAAUACAAAUGUGGUAGCCAAUUCAUUCAUUUUCAGAAAAUGUAUAGUUUGCUAAGGUUUUGUUUACAAUUAAACCUCUGAAAGCAAUUUUAGUACUCAUAGGAAAUUUAUUACUGCAAAAUUUAAGAAAUUGGGACUACUGCUAAAACCAAGCACAACAUGCAAAAUAGUUAUUAUUGACUAGUAAACAUUUAAAAAGGAACCGUGGAACUGAUUUGGGUUGUUUAACUAUAAAAUUUAUUAGUUCUGAUCUAUGAUCUGUAGCUUCUGUGACUAAAAUUCAGUCAGUCCUUGCCCAAUCUCUCGAGAAUCUGAACUGAGACGUCAUGGGGGAAUGCUAAAAUCAUCAUCAGUAACACUUAAAUCCUCUCCUAAAACGCUUUAAAAAAUAUUUAUCUUAGUUCUCGCACUGAAGGCCCAGCAAUAACUUCAGCCAUUUUAGUUUAAUAAAACUCACAUUAACCCUUUACCGGGCAGAGCGGCUGAAAACGUCAUUAGUACUGAAUGGGCAAAACGUCCAAAAGACUCCGUGACGAGUUGUAAACUCGUGACCUCCGAGUCUUUGCGAGACUUCCUAUUGCUCACAUACUAUUUUUUUUGUGCAGUUUUAGGGUUUUUUAAAAAAAAAAUUUCGAAAUGGAUUUUGCCUAUUAUUCAAGUGAUAGCGGAGAUUUCGCUGGAUUCAAUUGAAGUGCACGAAUUAAAUAAAUUGGAACUAGAUAUUAAUAUUAUUAGUAAUAUUAGUGAAAUCAGCGUAGUAAGCAGUGUUGAAUUUUACAAACUUGGAUUUUGUGGCAGUGUUUUUAAAUAGUAAAUAGAUGACUCACAAUCACAAACAGUAUGUUGUUUUUUGCAAAUAAUUGUUGUCAUAUGAAGAUUAAUGGCAACAUGUGAGUAAAAUUAUAAAUCAGCAUUCAUUUUUCCUUUAUUUUGCUUUUUAUUUCACAAAAAUUUGUUCACUAACACCUUAGAUUUGAUUUUUUUUUUUUUAAAGUAACCCUAAAUCUUACUAAAAAGCGGAAAACUGCUGCCUGUUCAGGAGAUGCAAGAGGAAGUACCUCUGCCCCAUAAAGGGUUAAAAAGUACUUAUUGUUAUCAAGAAAAAGCUUGGCUCGGAAGUUGAUUUAAUUAUUAAUAAAAGGAAAUGGCUAUGAUUCCGGUUAAAUAUUGGAUGGAAAAUUGCCAUCGGACUGUGUUUUUUAUCGGCCACCACAGUACAGAAUGAGAACAUCUGCUUUUUUCGGUCGACCACAUUUCGUGGGUUAAGAAAGAAAAUCUUCAGUUUGCACCCCAUCUUAUUUAUUUUAAUAAUUUUCCAGGGUCUUGGAUCAGUUAAACUUUUUUUUGCAAAUAAAAAUAUAUUUGACGAUAUUAUACAUUUUUUGUGUGUGCAUAUCCUGUUCUUAUAUGAAGACCUCAAGGGAAAAAACGGCAGAGUCCAUUUUUAAUUUUUUUGAGUUAUCACCCCUGACUUAUAGCCAGUUAAAAAUAGAAGGUGCUGAAUUAAGUUUAAAAGAGAAAAAAUGGCCAAGUCCAUAAGAAAAAUGGAAACGAAAAAUCCGUUUACAAUGGAAAAAGGAGCAGAGUCCAAUGUUUACAAUGGAAAAGGGGGCUAAGUCACUAAUAUCACGUGACAUUUGAAGUCACGUGAUUUAAAGGUCCAAUGAGAGAUAGCUAUAUUGUAAACAAAAAUUAAAGAUGGCGACCGAUUCGCUCAGCUGACCGACAAACCAACGAAAAAGUUAACUGACAAACCUGAAUUUUUUUAAUUUCCUACCACAAGAAAACAAAACAAAUUAACAUAAGCACGAUAAAUUGGACUUAAAACAUUAAAAAAAAUAAAAUUUGUAUUUUAAAUCGUAUUUUACCCUUGUUUUUUUAUGUUCAGUUAAUUAAUGUGUGUCUCCGUCUCGUCUCUUUCGCUGUCGCUCUAACUCUAGUCAAGUCUAGUCUAUCACUGUUUGUUGCAUGUCUGUGUCUCUCCCUGUCAGUCUAUCUCAUUUAGUUUGUAUAUCUCUAGCCCUGUCGCUCUAACUCUGUGUCUGACUCCCCCUGAACUCUUUAUCUUCGAGUGUAUGUCUUGCUAUCUCGGUCUGUUACUCUUUACUGACUUUACUCUUAAACUUAAGUUCAUACAAUUACAGCUAAGGCUACUGGUAGAGAAAAAAAAACUAAUAUUGGGCCAAAAUUGUAAGAAGCACAUCAGAAACUUAGAAAGUAUGAUUUUAAAUCUGAUUUUCGGGUUAAAUUCUUAAUAAUAUAGUUUUUUAAUGAUAGUUCUAAGCAUGAGCCAUAUUGGCCAUAUUCUUAUAUUAAUAGUGUCAACAAAAAUGAUUUGCCUAAGACAGGGUCAUUCGUAAAUUACAUCACGUUAAAUGACCUUUUUAGACACCCCCUCCCCUUGUCACAAAUUCUCUCCCCCCCCCCUGUCACAUCACCUAAAAAAAUUCAAAAAAUACAUUACAUUUUCAUAACUAAACUAAGAUAUUAUUUUAUUCUUCAACAUUUUCCCAUAAUGCUGUAGUUCUAAACCUGUGGGUCGCGACCCCUUUAUGGGUCGAAUGACUCUUUUAAAGGUGUCACUUAAGACAAUCGGCAAAUGCAUAUCCUCUACAGUUAUGAAGUACUAACGAAAACAAUUUUAUGGUUGAGGGUCGCCACAACAUGAGGGACUGCAUUCAAGGGUCGCGGCAUUAGGAAGGUUGAGAACCACUGCCAUAAUGAUAAGAUGUAGUAUUACUAGAAAACCGAGUUUCAUGGUACAAUACUAUAAUACCUGAGGCAAAGUUGACCUCAAAUUAAUGUUUUAAAAAUUAAUUAAAUUUUGAUUUUUUUAAAAGAAUUAAAAACUUUUAGAGAUGAAAAAAAAGUGACGUCACAAUUUUUGACCCCCCCCCCCAUUUCCCCCUGUCACAAAGUGUCGCAUAUUCUCAACCCACCCCCUCUAAGCUUGACGUAAUUUGCCAGUGACCCCUAAAUGUGAACAUUUACUUAUAAAAUAGUUUUAAAUAGAUAUUUAUCAAUGAUCAAACCUUGAUAAAUUACUACAAGGGAAAAAACGGCAGAGUCCAUUUUGACCCCACUCUCUACUAUAAUGAAAUAAAUCAUGUUACAUUCAAGUUUGAAUUACUUUAUCUAUUUAAUAACUCAGGGAAAUGGACACUCUUGUGAAAUGCAUUUUAAAAAUUACAUUUUGUUUACACAUUUUUAAUGUGCAUGGUUUUGAACUUUAAAAAUCGAAUAUCUCAAAACAACAAAAAUGUGACUCUGCCGUUUUUUCCCUUGUGGUCUUCAUAUAUAUAUAUAUAUAAUUAUUUUUAUGGUAUUUCAGGCGUUGUGCCGAGGCUUGUUGAACUGCUUGGCAGUGUGGAUGCUGCUGUUGUUACACCUGCCUUGAGAACAGUUGGUAAUAUUGUUACUGGGGAUGAUUCUCAAACACAGGUAUUUUUAAAGAUAAAAUUUAAAUGCUAAAAAAAAAAUAAUUAUUUCAUGUGCUUAUUAAGUCACAGAACCAGCAUCGAUUUUUUUUCUCAGUUGCUAAUGUUUAGUGAACAACAGUGUAAAAAGCAUAUUUGCACUUCUUUUUUUAAUGACUAAUUGUAUUUUUAAACUUUCUUCCCAACAUACCAUUCCUCCUUAUUUUCAGGUUGUUAUAGAUACUAAUGUACUGCAAAUGAUGCCAGGUCUGCUUCAACAUAGCAAAGCUAGUAUAAAAAAGGAAGCAUGCUGGAUGUUGUCAAACAUCACUGCAGGGGCAGUGGAGCAAAUUCAGGCAGUUAUCGAGCACAACCUCAUCCCUUUGGUCAUCGAAGUAUUGUGCACAGUGAGUUGUAACUAAAUUGAUGCUAUUCUUAACAACACAUGGACUUUUCAAUUCACUUAUCCUAUUUUCCUAAUAUUCAAUACUAUUAUUUAAAAGAAAUACUUUGCUUGGUUCAUCAUUUUUAAAUUCUAUCCUACCUAUUGAAAUUCUCAUACUGAGAUUAGUUUUUACAUUUUAGGCUGACUUCAAGAGCCAGAAGGAAGCUGCCUGGACUAUCACUAAUCUUACCUCUGGGGGAACUGUUGAACAAAUCAGUUAUGUUGUACAGUGUGGUGCACUUAAACCUCUGUGUGAGCUUCUUGCUUCAAAGGAUACUAAACUGCUCCAUGUGCUCUUGGAUGGCAUCUCUAACAUUCUCCAGGUAUAUUUGUCAUAAUUUUCUUUAUUUUUAGGUUAAAAACCAAAAAAAAGGAGCACAGAACUGCUGAUUUUUAAUCUUUUUAUUCACAUCGCCAGUGUUGUCCACAUAGCAACAAUAAAAUUCAUGAAUAAUCUCCCUUUGGCUGCUUUGAUCACAGCUUUGAAAUGAAAAUAGCUUGCUUUAAAGCCACAUUUUGGUGUAUUUUUUCUGUUUGAAGAAUAUUUAAAUAUCCAUAGAAGAUUAGUAACUAUACACCAAAGGGAGUUUAUCCCCUAGGGGAACUUCUUCCACCUUAUAUAAUUUAUAAGUUCGGCCACAACUGCAUCACUGAGAAAAUCAAUAAGUAUUAUGGAUCUGGAAAUAUGAUCCAUCGGUGGAAAAGUAAGUUUAUGUACCCAUUAUCAGCACCUUUGGGUUAGUUUUUAGAUUAAUCUGCUGCAAUUUUUUGUAAGUGGAAUUGUGGACAAAGUCACAGUUUCAUGGCAAUGCCAAAUAAAGGUUGGGAAAACUUGCUGUAUCUUAAUAUUAAACUGAUGUGGCCCUUCUGCACACUUGUUGGACUAUGAGCAUUGUUAAUUCAUAGUUAUAUUUUGUAUCUCAAUAUCUAAUUCUUUUCUUCCAGGCUGCAGAUAAAGUGGGUCAAGUCGAGCCAAUUUGUACAAUGCUAGAAGAAAUGGGUGGCUUGGAUAAGAUUGAACAAUUGCAGAAUCAUGAAAACCAACAAGUUUACAAAAAAGCUUAUGACAUUAUAGAAAAAUAUUUUGGAGAAGAUGUAAGCAGAUUUUUUAUUAUCACUAGAAAAUAAUAAGAAAGAUAUAUCAGACCUAUUUACUCUUAUGAUUUUGGCUUACAAGCUACAAUUUUGAGAUAUCUAUUACAAUGUACGCAAAUGCCUGUCAGAAAUACGAUUUUCAUAGAACGGGUUGAAAAUAUACAUUAUGGUAGUUUUUUUUUAAUUAAAAAAUAAUAAAUGAAAAUAUAUUUACGGUUGUUAGUUGUACCGGUAGGUGUUUUCUGCAUCCAAAGUAAAUGGAUCGAGAAAUAUGUUUGGUUUACAUUUGCCCUGAGAAGGGAAGGUAGAGGUGUUAUAAGAUUUUAAGGAGGGGGGGGGGAGCGUAUUUAAAUUUAUGAUAAAUAUUUAUAUAUUUCGUAAUGAUGGUGACAGUACUCAUAUUGUUGCUUUGUGUUUUUAUAAUGAACUUGCUAGACACAGUAAUAGUCGCCCUAGUGACAAUUUUAGUCAAUCCUUGCUUUUGUUUUGCUUCUUUGUUGUAUGAUGCAAUUUAGUGAAAUAAUUAUUUUGUUCAGUUGAACCACAGUGAGUGCAAGAAUGGAGAAAAUGGGGGGUUUAAAAUUAUUUUUUUUAUUAGAAUGUAUGCUAUUAUACUAUACGGUUUGGCACAGCAUUAGAUGUCGACAUAGGUAAUAGGAUCUGAGAGGACUUUUGAAGUCUAUUUUUAGCACGCGCAAAACAGCUUUGGGAUUUUUAAGAUCACCAUUUGGUUCCAAUACUUCUUCCUUUCACCCAUUUACAGCUGGUGGUAGUUAUCAGAUGGGAAAUUGGAUAAAUAAAUAUUGAUUCUUCUUAUUUUUUUAAAUAAUACUCUUUCCUAAAAAAAUAAAUCACAAGUUACUCGGUAGGUUUUGUAAAUGACAUGCUGAUUUGUUAAUUCUUAUUUCAAUUUUUGAAAAUUGUUAUGCUGAUCUGACUUCGAGUUUGAACCACAUUAAAUGUGACCAGUGAUAAGCAAUAUUGUAUCUGUAUUAUACCAUUUUGAGACAAUAUUGUCAGAUUUUAGGAGUUCAAGGGUAACUAGGUCUGAUAUAUUGCCAUUUGUUGAGAAAUCUUGUUUAUCUCAUAAUAGAUCUUAUAUUUUAUACGUUUAUAUUUUAGGUGUUAAGUUUGAGUUACGUAAUUAAAAACUUCUUUCUUUUCAGGGAGAGGAUGAAAAUCUGGUACCUGAAGGCAAUGCUGAAGCAAAUCAAUAUCAGUUCAGUACAGAAAAUAUCAGCUCAACUCAAGGAUUUACUUUCUAACUCUAAGGAAAUGUUAUCAUUGGUAUACAAGUUGAUUUCCAGCCAUUUUGGUAAUUCCAUUUGUGCUACUACUGUAUAAUAGGUUUUCAGCCCUUAAUUCCACAUGAGGAAUAGUGCACGUGUUAAUGGAAAAAUGAAUGUUAUAACUUAUAUUUUGGUAGACUGAUAAAUAUGAACAAUUGAUUAACCAAUUUGGGUUAGAGAACUGUUUAUUUUUAAUAAAUUUUUGUACCUUAGACUGUCUUUUAAAAGAAAAAGUUAGAAGACAGGCAUGCAUUAGAAUGCAUUGCUCAUAAAUGUUUGAGUUACUGGUAACUAAUCAAAUUGUAAACUAGUAUGUGCAAUUUACACAUAUGAAAAUUUUAUGCUUCCCAACUGGUAAAAUGUCUUUCAGAUUCCUGACUAAUGGUGUAAAUUGAUAAUGUUUGAUGACUGAUUGUUGCUGUUUGAAAGAUGCAUUUUGUUUUCUCCCUCAACUUUUUUCUUACAUGUUUUUGUAGAUUGUUUUUGUUAUGCUUUUUUUGUUUGCUGUCCUUGAUCAUUUGAAUCUCUCAUGUCCAGAGAUCAAUAAAUAAUGUAUAAAUUAAAGAGCUUUUAAUUCAAGUUUGUGG